GGGUAUUGGGGUCCCUACCAAUUCCUUAAUGGAAGGGCUAUUAAUAUUCCAACUUGUUAAAAGUUACCAUCACACAACAACUCCAUGGUUAACCAUGCAGUCUCACAAUCAGAACCGCAAGAAAUGAUUACCACCCUCUUCAUAACCUAAAAAAUCACAGCCAUUUGAUUUGCAAAAGGCCCAAAAAAAAUGAAAAUGAACAAUCUUUUUUAUACAGACUACAAAGAUCGUUAGUUCAUAUAUUGCAACAAAAAAGAAAAAGAAAAAAAAAAAAAUGCAUGCCGUCUUGAAGUCUAAGGUUACCAAAAAGUUGAAGUCCCUCUCAGGGAAAAUGCAAGGAUUCUCCAUCUUCCCAAUUGGAGGUUGCUUUGAUGGUUGCAGAGACCAUAGCAGAGCAGCAGGAUUUGGAACCAGGAUCUGGAACCUAAGUGACAAGCCUGUGGACUUGCAGAUAAGGGUUGGCUCAAUAUUGAAGAAGAUUCACACAGUGAAACCAGGCUCUUCAAAAAGAUUGAAAUGCAAAAGCAUAUAUAAAGCUUAUAUGCCUGGAAGGAAUGGAAAGAAUGGAGAUGGUGCCGUUGGAAUGAAGAGCUUGCUUUACUACUAUGAUGAAACUUGUCACCCUUAUGUUUGGAUACAUGAUACUGGUGGCGAUAGCUUGAGAAUGGUUAAGCAACAGUAUAUUAGUCUUGAGGAUUUGAGGGAUUGUUCAGAGAUUAGAAUCUUUAGAGAUCAUCAAAGAGGCUGCAUAUCAGUUAGGAAGAAAACCAGACCAGAUCUUUGCUGAUCUUUUUACCUCAUUUUUCUUAUUAAAAAAAAAAAAAAAAAAAAACUCUCUUUGAUUGUGAGUUUGAAUAUGUUUCAGUCUCUUCUUUUUUUAUAUGUUGUUUUUGCUUUUUGUUGUGUGUAUUUGAAGAAUUCAGAUGCUAAGGUCGUAUUAUCACAACAAAAUAUGUACCAAAAGAGUUAUACUGAGUGAAAUUAGUGCAGGUGUUGGGGUCUCUCUGGUUUUGUCACUAACAUGUAUCAAUAUCCCUUGUUUGGAAAUGAAAGUCUUACAUAUCUUUUC